CCCAUCUGAACAUUGCUGCAGCCGUGCCGCCGACGAUGUGGAAUGCGGGAUGGAAUCGAGGAAGUACGAGGAAACUCUGCAGGCGUUGGAAGCCUUGGCGCGGCAGCUCUCCACGGCCGCGGCGCAGCGAGCGGCGGCCGAGGACUUCGCCGCCCUAAUCGCGGCGCGCCGAGGUGGCGGAGGCGUGCGUGGUGCGAAAAGCAAGCCAGACACCCUCGGCAAGGAGGAAGGACUCUGCGAGUCUCAGCGCCUGUCGGAGGAAGAGGCGGUCUUGAAGUCGGAAUUAGAGGCGCUGGAGAACCGUGUGUCGUCUGGAAGGCUUCUGGCAUUGCUACAGGCGCUGGAGCAGGAGGACCGGUUGCUCCUGGAUCUCCAACCACAUCCGGCCCAGCCACCCGCGCGCUCGGGCUCGGGCGAGUGGAAGGAGGCAGAGGCAGCGCUGGUGGAAAGGUCCGACAGAUUGGCGGAGGACUUGUCUCAGGAAGCUGAGGUUCAACAGGAGCUUCGGGCUCGCCGCUCCGCCUUGGAUGCGCAGAUCGCGCGGCUCAAGGGUCGCCUGCAGUUGAAGAUGCAAAUGGCCAGCCAGUUGCAGGGCAGCUCAAGCCCGGAAAGUCGCCGUGAAGAUGUGGUGAGCAUGCUGAAGGCGUGCAUCACCUGUUUGGGCGGCCCCGACGUCGUCACACGCAGUGACCUCGCCGGCGCCUGCCGCGCCGUGUCCGGCAUGGCCAGCUCCUUCCGACAGGAGCUGCACGCCUGGGCCGAGGACCUGCGCCGGCGGGGCGUUGCCAUUCCGCACCAUCCGGAGAGCAGCGCACGAACCCUGGUGCUGUCACUCUGUGACGCGAUCAAGACCCAGCAAUUGAGGAUUGAUUCGAGCGCGUCAGCGCCAGACAAAGUCGCGGCCACAUUUCGAGGCAAAGAGAAUUGUGAACCUGUCAGCCAUGAGAACUGCACAGAGCCAGCGGGCCGUGGCGACGACGCCAAGACUUUCUCCCGUGGAUUCGUUGGUCAAGCUCAUGAGCCACAGGCGCUGCAUGGCGACUUCCCUCGGACUGAGAGCUCUUGGCCACUCCGAGGCGCUGAGUGCGUGUUAGGUGGCAGCAAGCCCGAGUGCCGACCGCAGGAGUGCCGACCGCAGGCUUGCCUCAUGGAUCAGAAAGCCACAAGUGAUGCCGCACGUGCCGAGAGCUGCCAGCCACAUGCUUGUUUCAUGGCAAGUCACACGCGAGGAGAUGACUACAUAGAGCCAACUGUUGAAAGCUGUUGGCCUCUUGCAUUUCACAGACGCACGGAGAAGCCCGCAACGGCGUGCCAAGGUGGCACCAAGGCUGAAAGCUGUCAACCACAUCCUUGCCUGAGCAAAGAGGUACUUUGCGGCGUGGACGCUCAUAGUCGGGCGCAUUGCAAGCCGACGAAUCCUGCUUCGGCUCCGGGUGACUCCAAUGGAGCGCUUCAGAGCACUCGGAAGCUCAUGCUUUUGCUGCAGCAACAGGAGCAGGAGCUCAGCGAGUGCUUGGACAAGCUCGAAACCCCAAAGCCGCUGACGCCCGUGAAACCUCGAAACGUGCGCAGCCCGGACAGUGGCACGCCCGCCAGGUACCCGGAGAGCCUGGCGUCUUCGCCGCAGCAGCCAUCUCCCGGCUCGCCAGGCCUCCAGAGCAUCGCGGACAACGCCGACCGCCUGGAGCAGUUGCUGAAGCUCCGCGUGGCUCCGGCGGCCCCGGCGGCCCGGGCUCUAGCGGCACCUGCUCCAGCGGCCCCAGCUCUAGCGGCACCAGGUGCGGCAUGGGUGAGCGAAGCAGCCUCCCGAGCUGCUGACGUGCCUCUGCGCGCGGUUUGGCGGGCCCACCAGCGGACUUCCGGCGCCGCCGCCGCUGCCGCCGCGCCCGCGGUGUCGGAGCCGCGGCCGCCGUUGCCCUGCAUGCAAAACCUGGAGCGGCAGGAGGCGCAUCUCAAAGCCUUGCUGCAGCAGCUGGAGGUGCGCUCCCCACCGGAGCGGCCGACGCCGAUGACGCCACCCAGGGCGGAGGCGCCGGGUCGGGACCGCGAGGGCCGCGAGGGCCGCGAGGGCCCGGGCACGCCCAGCUCCUGCCUAAGGCGGGCGCGCAGCCGGCUUUCGCAGCUGCGACAAGGACUAAACACCUGACAGCUUCAAGGUAUGUCCUCCAAGAGGAUACCUUUGAAGCCCGGUCACAUGGAACUGCCCAAUCUCUGAA